CACUUAAAUCAAAGACAGAACAAUACAAAGAAACUGAGAAAGGUUUAAUUGAUAACUGUAAAACUUUCAGUAGAGAGAUUACCAGUCUACUCAAAAAAUUUGGCAGGAAAAAAUGUAAGGUAGAGUUUACCUGGGAUGUUGGCAGGAAAGAACUAGACAUAAAGGUAAAAGAAAAGGGUGUCACACUUCCACUACAUCAAUGUGAUGCAGGCUUACAGCAAGUCAUCAUCAUCAUCUUGGCAGUUCUUCAAGUCCAAAAGCCGGCUAGAGAGAAUUCACCAGUUUAUCUACUCCUAGAUGAGCCUGUUUCCUUGCUUCAUGGCAAUUUGGUGAAAAAGCUAUUAGUAUAUCUAAAGGACAAAAAUAUCUGUGUUGUACUGGCAUGCCAUGCAGUAGAUACCUUGAUGGCCUGCAAUAGUAUUGUGUCACUUGAUGGUCAAACUGGCCCCUGCAAAAUCGAAAUGGAUGUCCUAUCAGAACUUAAAACCUUGUGUAAGGACAGUACCCACACGUCCAUGUUGAUGGAUUUGUCCAAAACACUAAAUACAAAAUGCCUUCUUGUGGUAGAAAGUGAACCAGAUGCAAAAGUGUUGAAAGCAUGGAUUAAGAACCUCCAUCCUGGCACUUCCAUAGAAGACAAGUUUGUAACAUACAGCUGUGGAGGAAGACCAAAAGUGGACAACAUAGUCAGGUUGGUUAGUGCGUUGGACAGCCUUUUUCCAGGUAAAGCUAAGCAAAUCUGUGUAAGGAUAUUCAUACUGGUAGAUCGGGAUUAUAGAUCAGACAAAGCUUUACAGAAGGAACAAGAAAGACUACAGGACGAAACAAAAGGGUACUCAAAAAAGUUCAAAAUCAAGUUGUAUUGCUACAAAAAAAACGAACAGGAAAACUACCUCCUGUCUGCUAGAGCACUGAAGUCUUGGCGUGACAAAAAGAAAAGAAAAAAAAAAGAAAAAACAAAAAUGAAAAGCUUAGAAGAGACACAGGAAGAGUUAGGGCAAAUGAAAAGCUUAGAAGAGACACAGGAAGAGUUAGGGCAAAUGAAAAGCUUAGAAGAGACACAGGAAGAGUUAGGGCACUACAUUAAUGAACACUUUGAAUACCUGACCAUCGAGAAGGACUAUAGAUCGUCAUUGGAUCUGGCUCUUAAGCAAGAGAGCAAAGACCAGCAGGAUAUCUCUAAGCACCAUCGUAGCAGUGAGGAUGAGAUAGGAAAGUGGCAAAAGGAUCUACGGCCUUCUUUCACCAAUGCAAAACAAGUAUUAAAGAAGUUUGGAAUCACAGGGGUUCCACAAUACAAAGAGCUUAUAAAAGAGUUCCAUGAGGAUGACAUUGAUCCUGAGAUCAAAGAAGAUUUAGUUAAAGGUUUCUUGCAAUUCUUCGACAUAGAACCAACAGCUCCAGCUGCUACUCCACAGGAAGAGAUUGAUCAACCACAGCCUCAACCAGAGAUUGAGCUUCCACUAUCAGACAAUCAAGGUAUGCAGGAUGGCUCAGCUUCAACAGAUGAUGAUGACAGUAACCCUGUAGAAUGCCCAAAGAUCCUAUCCAGCAGGCUCGAUAAUGGAAAAUCCUGCUGCUUGCAUGUCAUCAGAGUCGAACUUGCAAGCCUGUUUCUACGGGUGGCUUCAGAAUGGAUUUGGUUCAAAUUGUCCAGCCCAUGACAGUUUCAGCCAUUGGCAUUAGUGUCUUCCUGACAGUUAGAACCCUAUUUAACUAUGCAAGAUACAGACUGAAUAUGUACAUACGUAUAGUGUAUAAGCAAAUAAAAACACUGUCAUGUUAGAAUUUUGGAGGAGAUUUUAAAUUUUUGUGGAGUUAAAUGACCAAAGUAAGUUUGUAUUUAUUAGAAGAUAUGUGUUACCGGUAUUAUAUAUGGAUGUCUCAAAUUCUGUUGAAUAAGCAAUUAGGUUAGAGCAGAUGACUAUUUUUAUGGGAAUGUAUAUAAUCAAUUUCGUGCAAGAUCAAGAAAUGUAAAUAAGAGCUAUUUGUAUAAGUCUGAAGAAAAUGAGUACAAAAUUUAUUUAUGAAUGUCAGUGGUCAGUGGGCUAAUGUAAUAUUUUUAGGGCUCAAAAUCCUUAACCUGCACUGGUGAAGGUGGCACUGGAAAUUAACUACACCUGCACCAUGUACUUGGUAGGAUACUUGGAUGCUCUGCAGGGAAUACAGAGUUAAGUAUGCAUCAAACUGGAAACCAUCUGAAUUCUUUGUUUAUCAUUAGACGGGUCGUAACAACUCAAAUCGUCAGUACAGCAAACUGUAGAUUGUAGCCCAGGUGUCUGAAGAAACACGGUCUAGACGGAAGGUUUUCAGGUGGUUUGGAACAAAAUAGGGUAUGUGACAUGGUCUUUUUUUAUGAUACAGUAG